AUGCGGGGCGGAGUCUGGGCGCUCGCGCUGGCAUUGCUGCUCCUGGCCCCCGGGCAAGCUCAAGAAUGCUCUCCUGGGGGACACCAGCUACUGCAGAGUCCUUACCGAAAUGUUCGAUUUGACUCACUGCACCUCCAGCAGUCAGCCAUUCAAGACCUGAUAUGUGACCACUCGCUUGCUCCGGGGUGGUACCGAUUUCUCAUCUUUGACAGACCUGCUGCUAUGCCGACCAAAUGUGUUGAGAUGAAUCACUGCGGAACCCAGGCUCCUAUCUGGCUGUCCCUGAGAGACUCAGAAACUCUGCCUUUGCCCGGGGAAAUCAGGAAUCUGACAGCUUGUGCCACGUGGCAAUUUCUGUUUAGCUCUACAAAAGACUGCUGUCUCUUUCAAAUCCCAGUGUCUGUAAGAAACUGUGGGAACUUUUUUGUGUACUUCCUACAACCCACGCAAGGAUGUAUGGGAUAUUGUGCGCAAGCUAUUUCUGAUUCAGAAUUACAGUGUGGUCCUGAUGAAACUGAAGUUGGAGGUAAUUGUGUUCCUCAGCUGUCCGCCUUGUUGCCCCCACCACCUCCAGGAAGGCCCGAGGUUGUGGUGGAGCUGAUUGAAUCCAGGCUUUUCUGUAGGUGUGCUUUUGAUGUUCCCCCUACAAACAACUCAGUGGGAUUUCUCAUAGCUUGGCACAGGCUUUCUUCUCAAGAAAUCAAAGAGGAGCUCAAGCAAGAGACCACAGUUCAGGCAUUCUCUCUUUUGGAACUGGAUGGCAUCAAUCUCAGACUUGGAGACAGAAUAUUCUGCAGUGCUUCCAUAUUUUUCUUGGAUCUACCACACGUACAAAGUUUAGCCAUUGAAAGUCAAGAAUUUUUUGCAGGCAUUAAGUUGCAACCCGAAGUUAGUACAAUAUCAGAAGAUGGAAAAGAAUACCAAUUGAGGAUUGAGAGCACAGUUCCUAUCAUUUGCUCUCAAUUAAAUGAGCUUGAUCAGGAAUGCAAAAUUUCAUUAAAAUUGAAAACUGUGGAUCAAGGGAAAGAACACCUAGGUUUUAACUUGGCACUGUCUUCCUGUCAUGUGGACCUUCUCCAGACAUCAUCUUGUGCUAACAAAACCUGUAGCCAUGCUUUUGUGUAUUAUUCUGCUGUAACUGAUUUUGCUCAAGAUGGAGAAAGAGUUACGAAUAUCAUGGUGGAACCUAUUGUUAAUGAGGAUUUCUUGUGGAACAGCUAUGUUCCAAACAGCAUCCAGAUAAGAGUAAAGGAUGUCCCAACAGCAUACUGCUACUUAUUUACUGACCCACAUAUAAUUACAUUUGAUGGCAGGGAAUAUGAUAAUUUCAAGACUGGAACAUUUGUACUCUAUAAGAGCACGUCACGUGAUUUUGAAAUUCAUGUGCGCCAAUGGGACUGUGGAAGCCUUCAUUAUCCUGUGUCAUGUAAUUGUGGUUUUGUUGCCAGAGAAGACAGUGAUGUAAUUACUUUGGAUAUGUGCAGUGGUCAGCUACAUGAGUCACAGCCAUAUUUAUUUGUAAAGAGCCAAGAUGUAACCAGCAAUAUCAAGAUAAGUGAAUCUUACCUUGGAAGAAAAGUCACAAUCUGGUUUUCAUCUGGAACUUUUAUCCGUGCUGAUCUGAGUGAAUGGGGCAUGAGUUUAACCAUCAGAGCACCUACUUUAGAUUACAGAAAUACUUUGGGACUUUGUGGCACAUUUGAUGAAAACCCAGAAAAUGAUUUCCAUGAUAAAAGUGGAAUGAAAAUUGAUAAAACUUUUAAUAAUCAUGUUGCCUUUAUUAAUGAAUGGAGGAUUUUACCAGGAAAAAGCAUGUUUGACACAAUGCCAACUUUGCAGCCAUCACCUGGGAAAUGGUCCUAUUGUAGCUGUUCCUUGAAUACUACAUCAUUGCACCCGUCCUCUAAUUUUCUAGACAGUGUUUCUCAGUCAGAAGUGGUCUCAGGUUGUAAAGACCUCAGACAACUCAAAUUUUCUUCUUUGAUACCUGAGCUGGACGUCACUUCGGAGUAUAUUAAUACAGAAGCCCUUAUCAGAGGUCAAAAUAAGCUCACAUCUCAAGAAGAAAGUAAUUUGAAUUUUUCUCAAGAAAAAAGCCAUGUGAACCUAACCAAAAUGAACUUAAGUUUACAAAAACUUAUUACAAAUAAAAACCAAGAUACACUUCAAACUUUGGAUAAUGGGAGACGCUCGUGGGAGGGGAACCAUAGCCAAGAACUGAGAUUGGAUCAACGAAACCAAAGGAGAAAGCGAGAUGACUAUGAAUAUUUUCCUUUGUUUGCUUUCCAAAGUGUCAGUCAGAGUGGCCUGGAAGAGUUUAGUUAUUUUUUCCCUGAGGACCAUACUGAGGAUGUCUACCAAGAAUUUGUCCCCACAUGGCCCACACCCUCUGGCCACACUGAAAACAGCAGCUUGGCACUGUGUCGGCGGACUCUUACCAACUCCAGCAUAGGAAGGCACUGCCUUGCUUUUCUGGGCAAGAGACUAGACAGUGCUAUAGAUAUGUGUGUUAAAGAUAUUCUGCUCAAAGAUGAUCUUAGCUGGGCAGAAGCAGGUGUGGCCCUUUUAGAAAAUGAAUGUGAAAAGAGAAUUGUGGAGGAGGGGCUACAUCACACAGAAGAAUAUGGAGAGUCUAUUGAAGACAUUCUCUUGGAAUUAAAGUGCCCCAAUUCAUGCAGUGGCAAUGGGCAGUGUAUGGAAUGGGGGUGCACGUGUUCCCCAGGGUUUAGUUCUUAUGAUUGCAGUGAUUCACAUGACAAAGCUCCUGAAAUUAUAGAGCUCGAGAAUGCUGGAUUUUGUAAUAUUCGAAAACAUAAUUGUAUGACGGUGAAAGUUUUUGGUCAAGGCUUCAAAGAAUUACCUUCAAUUAAAUGUGAAUUUACUCAACUACAGUACAAUAACAGUAAAUGGGUCCUUGGAGAAGCUAUCAAUGCCCGUACUAGUUUUCAAAAUAGCAGAACCAUUGAUUGUCAGCUGCCUACUGAUGUUCAGCAUUCUGGAACUCUGGACUUCAUGGGGGAGAAACCAAUUGGAAAAUGGCAAUUAAAGGUAUCUAAUGAUGGCUAUAAAUUUAGUAAUCCCAAGACAAUGAUUGUGUAUGAUGGUGCUUGUCAAAUUUGUGGACGCUAUGAAAAUGACUCUUGUAUUAUAAAGGAAAAUGUUUGCAUUAUUGAUGGACUUUGCUACGCUGAAGGGGAUAAAGCACCUGCGAACUCUUGUUUUAUUUGCAGACCCAAAAUUUCAAAAUUUUCUUGGUCAAUUUUAGAAAACAACCAACCACCAGUAAUUCAAAUACCACAAAGCAAAUUACAUGCAUACUUUGGGGAAAACUUUAUGUACCAGUUUACCGCUUUUGAUCCAGAGGGCUCCGAGAUCCAUUUUACCUUGGACUCUGGUCCUAAAGGAGCAGAUGUUUCUUCUUCAGGACUUCUUAUGUGGAAAGCAGAGACACAGACGCCACAGCAAUUCAUUCUGCACCUUAGCGACAACUGUGAUGCUGAAACUACAUUUACAAUUGAAGUGUUUGUGAAGUCUUGUGAUUGCUUGAAUGGUGGGUCAUGUGUGUCUGACACUGAAUUCUUCCCAGGAAGUGGAGCGUACCUGUGUGCCUGCUCGCCUGGUUUUCAGGGUAUUCUUUGCGAAAUGAAUGUCACUGAAUGCCAUUCAAACCCUUGUGGCCUUGGUAAAUGUGUUGCUGAUAUUCACAAUUUUUCUUGUGUUUGUCCACCUGGACUCAAAGUUGAAAAUGAGUUUCUUAAUGAAUUUACUACACCAGUGUUGGCUCUCGCAUCUGACAACAGCACAGCUAAGGAAAAAGAUAAUAAAAACGCCAUGCAGAGUGAGGAGCACAUUAAAUCAACAAAUGGAGAUGAAUCUACCAUUUGUAGACACCCAUGUGGAAAAAGCAGGGAGUGUGUUGCCCCUAACAUAUGUAAAUGUAAACCUGGUUAUACUGGUUCUAACUGCCAAACAGCUGUAUGUCAUCCUGAUUGCAGAAACCAUGGCAAAUGUAUUAAGCCAAAUACUUGUGAAUGCCCCCCGGGAUAUGGAGGAGCAACAUGUAGUGAAGAACAUUGUCAUCCACCUUGUCAACACGGCGGCACAUGUCUGGCUGGAAAUCUAUGCACUUGUCCGUAUGGUUUUGUAGGACCAAGAUGUGAAACAAUGGUUUGUAACAGACACUGUGAGAAUGGAGGAGAAUGUCUUACACCAGAUAUCUGCCAGUGCAAACCUGGCUGGUAUGGACCUACCUGCAAUACAGCUUUGUGUGACCCUGUUUGCCUCAAUGGCGGUUCCUGUAAUAAGCCAAAUGCUUGCUUCUGUCCAAAUGGAUUCUUUGGUGCACAAUGUCAGAAUGCUCUCUGUCAUCCUCCCUGUAAGAAUGGUGGCCACUGCAUGAGAAAUAAUGUUUGUGCCUGUCGUGAAGGGUACACUGGGAGGAGAUGCCAAAAAAGUAUCUGUGACCCACUGUGCAUGAAUGGAGGAAAAUGUGUGGGACCAAACAUUUGCUCCUGUCCUUCUGGCUGGAGAGGAAAACGGUGCAACAUGCCGAUCUGCUUUCACAAAUGUAAAAACGGUGGUGAAUGUAUUGCUCCCAGCAUAUGUCACUGUCCUUCCACGUGGGAAGGAGUGCAGUGUCAAAGACCAAUAUGCAAUCAAAAGUGUCUUUAUGGAGGCAGAUGUGUUUCUCCCAAUAUCUGUUCCUGCCGCACUGGAUAUUCCGGAGUCCGAUGUGAGAAGAAAAUACAGAUAAGACACCUUUGAAUAACAUCUUGUAUAUAAAUUAUAAGUUUGUGCUGAAGAACAAUUUUUUUUAAAAGGCAAAGAUAACUGCACAACGUUUAUUUGGACAUUAUUUAAAAACAACUUAAAAACAACUGAAGACUAACAAAAUAUGAAUGGUUUUUGUUGUCAUUGUUAGAGAAAAGCUUAGA